CUCAGAGUACAGCAGACAGCCUGUAGCGCGAACACACCGUCGUUGCUUGGCUCCAAGAGCUCCAACUAAAACGCUCACUGCAACCAUUGACUUCAACAUUAUCUUUUCCACUCGACUUUAGCACGGUUUGCCCUUCGACUCGCUAGCGGCACCGAGCCCUCCUCCACAACUGCGUUAUCCGAUGUUUGAUUGGAUUACAGCGGGUUAGCCUUUGCCCUCUAACCUUGGUUGCUGAAAUUUGGCUAGCUGCUUCCUGCUCCCCUCCCCGGAGGACCGAGGACCCAGCGGCGAAGCGCCCUUCGCGGAUACGACAAACCGGGACGACCCGCCGCCGUCACCAUCACUAUCACGAGAAGCCCGAGCAGAGCCACCGAGUACUCGGCAGGCGGAAGAGACGAGGAGACAACCAUGCGGAGGAAAUCGAGGAUAUUGUUAUGUUUUGCGGUACUGUGGGUGCUGGGGAUAGCCUACUACUUCUACUCGGGGACGUCGUUGGGGCGAAAGGAUGACUGGGACUCCAGUGACUCCUCCGGCCGAAACAAAGCUCAGAACUCUGACGACAAGACUCACGGUCUGGAGGUUCUGCCGCCCGGUAAGGUCCGUUGGCAGGACUUCGACCAGGAUCUGUAUGUUGGAGCAACAGUGGUUCGACCAGGUCAGGACCCAUAUGCCAGAAACAAGUUCAAUCAGGUGGAGAGUGAUAAGCUCCGUAUGGACAGAGCUGUGCCCGAUACCAGACAUGACCAUUGCAGACAUAAGCAAUGGAAGUCAGACCUGCCAGCUUCGAGCGUGGUCAUCACCUUCCACAAUGAAGCACGCUCUGCUCUGCUGCGCACCAUUGUCAGCGUCUUGAAGAAAAGUCCAGCUCACUUGGUCAAAGAGAUCAUCUUGGUUGAUGACUACAGUGAUAAUCCAGAGGAUGGAGCGCUGCUGGGCAAGAUCGAGAAAGUCCGCGUGCUGCGAAACGACCGAAGAGAAGGACUGAUGCGCUCGAGGGUUCGUGGUGCAGAUGCUGCCACGGCGCCCGUCCUCACCUUCUUAGACUCCCACUGUGAAUGUAAUGACCACUGGCUUGAGCCGCUCCUGGAGAGAGUAGCUGAGGAUAAGACCAGAGUGGUUUCUCCCAUAAUUGAUGUCAUUAACAUGGACAACUUCCAGUAUGUAGGAGCUUCGGCUGAUCUCAAAGGAGGUUUCGACUGGAAUUUGGUGUUUAAAUGGGAUUACAUGACCCUUGACCAGAGACGAGCAAGACAGAGCAACCCCAUCGCCCCCAUAAAGACUCCCAUGAUAGCAGGAGGUCUGUUUGUCAUGGAUAAGGAAUACUUUGAGCUUUUGGGGAAAUAUGACAUGAUGAUGGAUGUUUGGGGAGGAGAAAACCUGGAGAUCUCAUUUCGUGUGUGGCAGUGUGGCGGAAGUCUGGAAAUCAUCCCGUGCAGCCGAGUCGGACAUGUCUUCAGGAAACAACAUCCCUAUACCUUCCCUGGUGGCAGCGGCACUGUCUUUGCAAGGAACACCAGGAGAGCUGCUGAGGUGUGGAUGGACGAGUUUAAAAACUUCUACUACGCCGCCGUUCCCUCAGCGAGAAAUGUGCCGUAUGGAAAUAUCCAGAGUCGUUUGGAUAUGAAGAAGCGUUUAGCCUGUAAGCCCUUUAAAUGGUACCUGGAGAAUGUCUACCCUGAGCUGCGCGUACCAGACCACCAGGACAUCGCCUUCGGAGCCUUACAGCAGGGAGGAAACUGCCUUGACACACUGGGACAUUUUGCUGAUGGUGUGGUGGGCGUUUACGAGUGCCACAACGCCGGCGGAAACCAGGUAGCGUUACCACGGCAACACACGCAGGAAUGGGCCCUGACUAAGGAUAAGUCAGUCAAACACAUGGAUUUGUGUCUGACUGUGGUGGACAGAACGGCCGGCUCCCUCAUCAAACUGCAGGGCUGUCGAGACAAUGACACCAGACAGAAGUGGGAGCAGAUUGAGUCCAACUCGAAGCUCCGUCACGUGGGCAGUAACCUGUGUCUGGACAGCCGCAGUGCCCGCAUGGGCGGUCUCACUGUGGAAGGGUGCAGCCCCAACCUGAGCCAGCAGUGGAAGUUCACCCUAAAUUUACAAUCCUAGGGGACAACAGACAUCAUGCUCUGCUAAGAACAUUACGCACCGACUGACUUUAAGAAGUAGAAGCUGUCAACUGGAGGAGAAAGACAAACAUGAUGGAUUAAUGAGUCCCUCUUGCUCCUCCGCAGGCUUCUGAGGUCAUUUCAACACCACCACUCCCCCCCUCCAACAUACAGACUGGCGGAGGGCCUUGUAGAACUUAAACAGGAAACUGACAAUAUUUAGUGGGAGGACCAGUGCUGGUGACGCUGAUGACGUGAUGAGGGGGAUAAAAGCGAUGAAGGCGGCUUUCCAUCCAAAUACUACAUACCUCAGUGUUUUUCUCAUUGACGGUUCGGGAGGCAAAAUAACGUCGGAAUUCUUUGAGUCGUUUUCUUGAAUGUUGGUAAAAUUUAACUCUUUCGUGUUUUUAUUUUGUAAUUAUUUUCUUUUGAAUAUUUUAAUUCCUGUUAAUUAGCGGAGGUUUGAAGGAGGGUUUUUGUUUUUUUUGGUUUGUUUUUAAGAACUUUUCCAAAACAAAAAUGAACCUUUCCGAACCGACCCAGAACUGUUGAAUUGGAGGAAAACAACUUUUUCGUUGUUUUUUCCCCCUUGUGUUGAAUCUCAUCGGUUUACAGGAUCGGCAGAGAUGAGGUGGAGAAAAAUAACAUUUUCUACUAAUCUUUUUCCCCCCCACAAAAGUUGAAGCGGAGAUUUCCCACACCAGGCAGCGAAGCUCUGGGGGAAUUCUCGGAGAACAUAGAGUACCACAUUGAGGAGUUGUGCUCUCUCCUCAGGCUGUAGCACUGGCUGCUGCACUUUAGCAUUCUUCUUUUUGUCUUUAAAGCAACAACACACACCACAAAGCUCUUAGCAGCCAUGUUUUUGUUUGUUUGUUUACUUAUUUCUCUCUUCAGCAAAUUGAAAAAAACCUGCAAGGACAAUGAACUCUAGAAGAUUGAUGUCUUUUCUUUACUCUUGCUGCUUUUCAGCUACUCCCUCGGGAGUGCCUCAGUUUUAUACAACUUCUGUUUGCUUUGUGAUUUUAUUUUGCUCAGCGCAUUGAACUGAAUUUGUGUUAUUUACUGUUGCAGCGGUUUCUCUCUAGAGGUAACAGGAAUAAAUAGUGGAACUUCUAUUAUCACCACCAACUCCUAUUAGUUUUUCUGUUAUACUGUAGCUCUGAUGUGAAGCACCACACUUGGUAGCAUGUGUUUGUGCAAUUUAUUUAUUGUAUCCCACUGUGGGCACUCAUUCGGAGUCACAUCCACCGCUCCAUACAGUACAUAUUAAGGGAAAGGAACACAGGUUAUGUUAUUGUUAUUUGGACCGUGUUCAGAUUGUGCAUGUUUGCCACAGAACUGUCGUUCUCAAGAUGGUACAAACAUUGAAUUUCAUUUUGUAUUACAUAAUGACAUAGUUAUUCAGUGUCAUUCAAAAGAAUGUUAAGAUUUGUUUGGCCUGAAUGUAAUUUUUUUUAAACAAUUUUUUGUGCUAGAUAUUAUUGCUGUCCAAUGACAUCUGAAAGGAUUCAAUUAAGAACACAAACAACGUUGGCACGAAAAGCAAACACAACUAUAAUAUACUGUAUGUGUGUUUAAGGUUUUCCAUUUUUUUUGUGGACUUGUCCAGAACAUCUUCAACUGAACGUGGCCAUUUGUGUUCCUCUCAACUUGUAACAAUGUAUAACGAGUUUCCGCAAAGCACGCCAUGUCAUCAGUGUAUUUAAUUUUUACAUUGAAAUAUUGUAUUGUUAAAGGGAAGAUUUUGCAAUUUUGUCAGAAAAAAAAUCACUUUUAGUCAUAUUUGUUCAAACUAAUUAGGACUUUACGGUAGUAUGUUAGAAAUAUAAUCUAUGAACAAAUAAGCCGUCUCUGGCUGCAUCCUGUGCUUCUAAUUUAAUAUAUAAGAAAUCACCGCUCCUGAGGAAAAACAACCAAUCAGAGACAAGCCGUGACCUUUGAGAUGUCACUCAUUUGUCACUUGCUCAUGGGCAUACUACGCAAACAUCCUCACGCUGACUUGUGACUUUGUUAACCCAGAAAAACACCAUAUUCCUAAUUGUAACCCUAAAUGUUAGGUUUAGAGUUUUUGCGGGGAUGUGCCCACGAUGUGUGCGCCGACGGGUGUGUAACAAACGAUUGACACCGAAGUCACACCUCCUGUCUCUGAUUAGUUGUUUUUCCUCAUGAACUGUGGUUUCUUGUUGGACACAAAAUAGGACCAGAAAUUAUUCAUAGAUCUUAUUUAUCAUGUACUACUGUCAAGUCAUAACGACUGUUUUGCCAAAUAUGUCCAAAAAAAAUGCAAACUCUAUUUAAUUUAUAAUUGAUUUAGCCUCCUGAUUUUGUGCUGCACACAUCUGAUGCAGUUCACCAGGAAAUAUUGCCUUGUCAAUCAUCUGUCAAAUCAUGACAGUUGCUUCAUUAAAACAAAAGUGAUCUCACCGUGUGUCUCCAAUACAAAAUGGAGGAGGUGUGGUCUACUGUGAAGGGUCGUUGCACUGUUGGAUGGAGAUGCUCAUUGUAAACAUAAAACAUGUUUUUAUUGGUUAUAUAGCUUUACACUUAACAGUGCAUGCAGGAGAACACGUUUGAAUCUCAUGUACAAAUCAUAAAGUGGACUUUCGAGGUUGUCCUUGGACAGCAAUGCCAGCAUAUCAAACAAUUGAAUGACGAUCGGGGGGAAACAUUGAGGUCUUCUAUGAUCAUGCAUUUCUAGUUCUUACUCAGCAUUUUUUGGGAGUGUUAUGCAACAAAGGAUAUAUCUGACCUAUACUGAAGACUUAAAUAUGGGGAAUAAAUAUUUUAUUUUUUAAUGAAUUAAUUCUAACACAGUGCAUAUUCACUGUUAAUGAUCAUUUAAGGAAUUCAAGAAAAAAAACCUUUUCCCCAUACUAGAGAGAAACUGCAGCCUAUAUAUAUAUAUAUAUAUAUAU